UUUUUUCCUUUUUUUUUUUUUUGUAGACCCGAUUGGGACCUUAACGGCUAGCUAAGCCAGGCGUUAAAACGUUGCAAAAAAUAUUCCAGCAAAAGCGGUGCGCUCGUUAUCGCUUUGCAUCGUUAAUUUGCACGUAUUGUUUUAGUGCAAACUGAACUGGCUAAAGAAGUGUUGGAAAAAAAGCUUCGGUGCUAACCGUUGAGCAUCCGAGGCCCGACGGMAUGGCUGCCGCACGACCUGCAGCCGGACCGAGUUCCUCAAUUGACCACAUGUACGACGACCUUUAUGCAAACAAUGACGAGGAUUUGGAGAAAAUCGCUGAAGCAAAUGAACUGUUUGAUGCUGUUCUCACUGGUACGGUUGAUCGAGAGAAGGAGACGGCCARGAAAGGACUUUCCUCCAAAGAUGGUUCAGCUAAAGAGAAGGAGAAAUCAGCUGAUGCCAUAAAAGAGAAAGCAGAAAAGUCUCAGAGGAAAUUGUCUUUAUAUAUUGGAAGUUUCCCCUGGUGGACAUCUGAUGAAGAGAUUAUCUGCAUUGCCCAAAGAUUGAGCGUGAAGGACAUCACAGAAAUCAAAUUUGCUGAGAAUAAAGUUAAUGGCCAGUCCAGAGGCUAUGCAAAAGUGGACGUAAAAUCAAAGGAGUCACUUAAAGUCUUAUUGGAAAAAAUACCACAAUGUCACAUAAAUGGGGAAUUGUUAGACUGUCGAUUUGCCACUGUUGAGAACCUCAAUAUGUUUGAGGAAAUUGCCAAUAAACGUAUGCCUUUACGUGCACCAUCCGAAUCCAACGAAACAAAUUCUACAGAAAAGGUUCCCACGCCACCGUCAAAGGAAUCCAAUCCUCCUCCUAUCCCUUCCCUUUUCCCACCACAUCCACUUCCAAACAGCUUUCCUCCCGCUCCCAACCCCUUUCUUAUUCAUCCACCUCCACUGUUCCCAACUAUGCCACCAGUAAUCCCUCCCCUCAUGCCACCACACAUGUUUCCUCCACCUCCUGUCCAAGUACCUGGCCAUCCGCCUCCCAAUCUUCACAUGAAUCCUGCUUUCUUCAGCCCCACUCCAGAUGGGCACAGCAGCAAAUCAUACAUGCAGCAAACAAAACCAACUCAAAAUAAAAAUGGAGAUUUUGAGGAACUGAUGAGCAGAAACAGAACUAUUGCCAGCAAUGCAAUCACCAAGGCUGUGUCUGGGGCUACAACUGGUGACACUCGUAUGGCCAUGGAAACAUUAUUAACAGCCAUUGCCAUCAUUAAGCAGUCCAGAGUGUAUGGAGAUGAUCGCUGCCAAGCUCUAGUCACCUCACUGGAAGACUGUUUAAUUUCAAUCAAGGGCAACGAAAGCUAUGAGAGACGCAGCCGUUCCAGAGAAAGAGACCGGGACAGAAGUCGGGAUAGAGACUACGAGCGCAACAGAGAGCGUGACCGAGCCUACGAGCGCGACAGAGAGCGCGACAGAGACCACGAGCGCAACAGAGACCACGAGCGAGACAGAGAGCGACCGAGAGAACGUUACAGGGACGACUUUCACGACCGGGAGAGUGCAGCAAAGUCUCGAAGACACAGAGAACAUUCCUGGAAGGGAGACGGAGACAAGGAGCGCUCGCGAGAACAAGAGAGAUACAGAGAUCACAGAGACCGACACCGCUAACCUGACUGGUGAAGCCCAUGGAGCAGAAACAAAGGGACAUUUUGUUUUUGCAUCACACCUGUAUAAAGAAGAAUCUUUGAUAAAAAAUGAGAAAUUGUAUCGUCAAAAUAUAAAAUGUACUUUUUUGUUUCUGAUUGAUUAUAGUCAUUGUAGGACUCGUUUUAAUGAAAAAAGGAGAAAAAAAAAUUUUUUUUUUCAUGUAUUAGUCUUUAAACACAUGCAUGCAGUGAACAGUCCUUAUUAACCUGUGUAAUAGUUAACUGUUUUCAUCUUUCUUUUGUAUCAAAUCUACAAAUUAAAAAAAGUGUUUCUGUUCAUUGUA